UAGGACAGCUACGGCAUUGGAGAUGCAUUACUUCCACGACCUCGUAUAAAAAAAGUGAAAUAACACUGAUUUAUUCUACUUUAUCUCUUCAUUAUCAAGCUUUGUCAUUCCUCAUAUUCCAUGAGGUGGAACUGAUAGCAUGCAGCCGAGGGACAGAACAUUGUAAAUAGCAACAGUGCGCUCAGGACAGGAGGUUCAAGAGAUUGAGGACCAAAACAAUCUGAACAAUAAAAUCAACAGUCAUGGCUGCAGAGAAUAACUUCCCUCCAAUACCGGGGUUCAUCCCCCUGCAGCCAUGUUUCUACCAGGACUUUGACGAGGAGAUCCCUGAACAGCAUCGCACCAUGUGCAAGAGACUCUACCACCUGUGGAUCUUGCAUGCAAUCACCCUGGCUGUGAAUCUGGUGGGCUGCUUUGUGUGGAUGCUGGGUGGAGGGGGCGUGACAAAUUUUGGCAUGGCCAUCAUAUGGUUGAUUCUAUUCACCCCCUGCUCCUAUGCAUGCUGGUUCAGGCCCAUCUACAAGGCCUUCAAGACUGACAGCUCGUUCAACUUCAUGGCGUUCUUCUUUGUGUUCAUGGCCCAGGUGGGCAUCAGUAUUAUCCAGUGCAUAGGGAUCCCAGGCUGGGGAAACUGCGGCUGGCUGGCCACCAUCUCUUUCUUCAGCUACAACCUUUGGAUCGCCUUGCUGAUGCUCAUCCCCACCCUCUUUUUCACUGNGGCCACCAUCUCUUUCUUCAGCUACAACCUUUGGAUCGCCUUGCUGAUGCUCAUCCCCACCCUCUUUUUCACUGCCACGGCAACYCUGUCCUUCAUCGCCCUCACCAAGGUCCAUAACUUCUACCGUGGCAGCGGGGGCAGCAUAGGCAAGGCCCAGGAGGAGUGGACCACAGGGGCCUGGAAGAACCCCCACAUCCAGCAGGCAGCGCAGCAGGCAGCUAUGGGAGCCGCCACGGGGGCCAUGAUGCCGGACCAGCAGUACUCCAGCAACACCCCACAGUACAAUGACAACCAGAUGUAGGGGAUAAAGUGGAGGGAGGGAAGCAUGUCAAAACAUGAGCAGGAGUUUGGUAUCUGUUUAUCCCAUCCCCAAAAAGUGUGUCUUCAUCACAACAGCUCUUUCUAUAGGGCAGGGGUCUUCAACCCUUUUUUGCCCAGGGACCCUCUCCCAGGCACACCGGCAACCCAGGGACCCCCAUCAUACGUUAAUGAUUUGUUUUCUUCUCACUUGUUUUGUCUUAGCGUCAAGUGAAUGAUAAUGUCAAGGAGAAGUAAUCAACAUUUCAAAAAUGAAUAGAUUUGGUAGAUCGUUUUUCAUUAUUGUAAUUGGGAAAGGAAGUGUAAACUCAAACAUAGACUAUUAGCUUGAAAGGUAACUCCAAACACACUAAGAGCUGCUGUUUUGCUGGUUACACAAAGGUUAGCCAUAUGUUUGUAAAAAUGUAUGUCGAAGUCAAGAAAGCUUGCCAGCAGCCAGCGACACUUGACGCACUGGUAGCCUGUCAGAUACUCCGGUGAGUGUAAUUGGCUCCAAUAAGUGUAAUUUGCUUGAUAUUAGCAGUUAAGAAAUAAUGUUGACAUCAUUACAAGGAAGAUAUUCUCCUCUUUUCUACUGUAAUCAUUUAUUCUGUUGUUGCUAGCGAUAUACCCCUGCUAUAGGGCACUACACUACACUACCACACUAUACCAGCUGACUCUGAACACCCAUAACGCAAAGACAUUUCAUGUUCUCAGCAUCUACACUGAAUUACAGUAUCUGGUUUCUACUGUGUGAUGUCAUAUUUCUGCUUCCGCUGCUUUGUUUUGACGUGUCACAUCAAAGACGUGUCCCUAUCUUAUGUCACUGUGUUAGCAGGGCCCUGUGGCCACGUGCACACAGCACCAACUCUGCUUGUCAGAGCUCAUUCUGAUCACCCACUAUCCUCUCCUCGAUGGUCUUUGGUUUUGGUUUUUGGUAGCCUCCUCCUGCUCAUGACUUGUAAAGUCAUGCUCAUGAUAUAGUAUCCCAAUUAUAUAUUUGUUUGUUUUUUACAGUAAGUUACUGGACUCUAGGUUUUGCCGUGAAUAAAUGUAGUCCCUGGCUGUAGGAGGAGAGCCAUGUCAGACUGUGUUUGAGUGCAAUACUAUUAACUUAAAAAAAAAAAAUCUACUGAUAUUUUUUCAAAGCGGAUAAAAACGGUUUAUUACAGAAUGUAGCACUGUGAUAACUUUAAUAUUUUACCAGGAGUGUUUAUGUACAGUAGGAGAUAGCGUAUUUGGUAAUAAAUAUGUAUUUUAAGAAUGUA